AUGUCCAAGGGUCGCGUUUGUCUCGACACCUCCACCAUUUUGAAAUGGCUUAUCCUUGAGGGUUACAGCGUCGUGUGCUUCCUUGCCAAUUGCGGCCAGGAGGAGGACUGGGCCGAGGUUGAGAAGAAGGCUCUUGCCCUCGGUGCUGAGCGCAUGAUCAUCGAGGACCUGCAGCAAGAGUUUGUCGACGAGAUUGUGUUCCGCGCCAUCCAGUGCAACGCCAUUUACGAGGACCGCUACCUCCUGGGUACCUCUCUGGCCCGCCCCAUCAUUGCCCGGGCUCAGGUCCGCGCCGCGCAGCAGUACAAGUGUGACUACCUCAGCCACGGCUGCACUGGCAAGGGCAAUGACCAGGUCCGUUUCGAGCUGGCCUACAAGGCCUGCGACCCCUCUAUCAAGACCAUCGCCCCGUGGAGGAUGCCCGAGUUCAUCCAGAAGUUCCAGGGCCGUGCCGACCUUCUCAAGUUCGCCGCCGAGAACAACAUCCCCGUCUCUUCGACUCCCAAGGCUCCCUGGAGCAUGGACGACAACUUGGUCCACUGCUCGUACGAAGCCGGCGUCCUCGAGGACCCCGACCACACUCCGCCCAAGGAGCUCUGGACCCGCACUGUCGACCCCAUUGAUGCCCCCGACAAGCCGUAUAACUUCACCAUCCACUUCGAGAAGGGCAUUCCCACCAAGGUUGUGACCCCGGAGGGCGAGGUCACAGGAUCGCUUGAGCUAUUCAAGCUCCUCAACAAGAUCGGCCACGACAACGGCGUGGGCAGAGUCGAUAUUGUGGAGAACCGCUUUAUUGGCCUCAAGAGCCGCGGUUGCUACGACACCCCGGGCCUGACGAUUGCCCGCCUCGCCCACAUCGACCUCGAGGGUCUGGUGAUGGACUCCAAGGUCCGUAAGCUGCGUGACCAGUUCGUCACCAUUGAGUGGUCGCACGCCCUCUACAACGGCAUGUACUUCAGCCCCGAGCGCGAGUUCCUCGAGAACUCGAUCAUCUUCUCUCAGAAGAACGUGACCGGCGAGGUCCGCAUGUCGGUGUACAAGGGCGGCGCUUACGUCCUGGGCCGCAAGAGCGACGCCAGCAACCUGUACUCGGAGGAAGAUGCUUCCAUGGACUCGCUCGACACCUUCGCGCCCAUGGACACCACUGGCUUUAUCGCCAUCCAGGCCAUCCGCCUGGAGAAGUAUGGUCUCCAGAAGAUCAAGGACGGCGAGCCCCUGAGCAAUGACUUCAACCGAGCUUUCGAGAGCGAUCCUGAUCCCCGCCAUCAGGCCUCCAGGAGCCGCAAGCCGAACUUCAGCAUGGUCGGAGCACGGGGGAUUGCGAGCGCCCUUUGGCCUCGCGUCGGUAGCCGGUCUAGCAUCGCGCUGCUUGUUCGACGAAGCCAUCCGUUGACUAGUGUGUCAUCACGGUGCUGGCGGGCAGCCUACUCUUCAGUUUUGCUGAUAGAGUCGUGGUGCAAAGAUGGUGCACCUUCGCCUGUAAAUGUGACGACGAACCCAAAGACCGUCGAGAUCAACGGUCAGAAAUAUACGACCGAUUCCUGGUUCAAUGUCUCGUCCACCGUUCUCUCGCUGGUCUCGCGAAAGCUACACCUCCAAAAAGACCACCCGGUGGCUAUUACGCGGAAGAUCAUCGAAUCCGUUUUCCCUGCACCGACUUACAAGUACUACAAUGAGUUCGAGCCGGUCGUCUCGACAUACGAGAACUUCGACUCGCUGGGCUUCCCGCCGGACCACCCCGGCCGCGCCCGCAGCGACACAUACUACAUCAACAAGGACACCCUCCUACGGACCCACACAAGCGCGCACGAGGCGGAGCUCUUCCGGGCGAGCGCGAGCGGCGGGUACCUGCUCAGCGCGGACGUGUACCGGCGCGACGAGGUCGACCGCAGCCACUACCCGGUCUUCCACCAGAUGGAGGGCGCCCGGGUGUGGGACCGCGCCAAGGUCCCCAACGGCGACCUCGCCGCCGCCGUGCUCGAGGACCUCGACCGCCUGCCCAAGCACAACAUGAAGGUCGAGGACCCCAACCCGCCCUUCCACCCGGACCGCAACCCCCUCCAGGCGGAGCACCACACCCCGGCCGAGGCCGCCGCCGUGGCCGCCCACCUCAAGCGCUCCCUCGAGCUCAUGGUCAACGAGAUCUUCACGCGCGCCAAAACCGCCGCCGCCGCCACCACCCCUGCCUCAACCACCUCAACCUCCGACCCCACCACUCCCUCCUCUGACGACGAACCACUCCGCGUCCGCUGGGUAGAAGCCUACUUCCCCUUCACAUCCCCCUCCUGGGAACUCGAGGUCUUCUACCAGGGCUCCUGGCUGGAAGUGCUCGGGUGCGGGGUGUCGCAGCAGGCGCUGCACGCCAACGCGGGGCGGCCGGGCCAGGUCGGGUGGGCGUUCGGGAUCGGGCUGGAGCGCAUCGCCAUGGUGCUGUUCGGCGUGCCCGACAUCCGGCUGUUCUGGUCGCGCGACGAGCGGUUCCUGGCGCAGUUCCGCGGGCUGGAGGAUGCUGGGUUGGUAGGGUUGAGGCCGUUCGUGCCGUUUAGCAAGUACCCGGCUUGUUAUAAGGACGUGUCGUUUUGGUUGGGCGGUGGGGGCGGUGGUGGUGAGAAUGGUGAGGGUGGUGAGGGGGUUGGGUGGCAUGAGAAUGAUUUGAUGGAGGUGGUGAGGGAUGUGGCGGGGGAUUGUGUGGAGGAUGUGAGUCUGGCGGAUGAGUUCACGCAUCCCAAGACGGGCCGCCGGAGUAUGUGUUAUAGGAUCAAUUAUCGGAGCUUGGAGAGGACGUUGACGAACAGGGCGACGAAUGAGAUGCAUGGGAGGGUGAUGAAGGGGCUGGUGAAGCGCUUGGGAGUCGAGAUUAGGUAG